AUGACCGCUAUAAGCGGGUGGAAGGACCUUCCACCUCAACCCAACACCUCGGUCAACGCCAGCCUGGCUGCUGACGUCAUUGCCGACGUGGCAGCUGACGUGGCAAAGAGCGGGGGCAUGCCCAGCGAGCCGCUGCUGGGCGCGCCGUGGAGCCCCGACGGCAGAAAGUACCUUCUGGCGCUCUGCUCCACUGGCGGGAUGUCAAACCAUCUCUUCUGUCUGCGAGAGUUCGCGCUGAUGGCAGGUGCUCUCAACCGAACGCUCGUCGUGCCCAUGGGGCCACACGAGCUAACCCUCCCGCUCUCCCUCGUCUUCGACGUCCCCUUCCUGCGCGCCUGCUACGGUCCCAAGACCGCCCUCACCCUCGACGAGUACAAGCAGUUCGUGGGCAGGGGCAGCAUGGAGGUGACUCACGUGCUGUGCCUCGUCAAGGGCUGCCACCUCGUGCCUGACGCUGCAGCACCAGGGGGGCAGUUCAAGGCGAGCAAGGGGCGCAUCAGCCUGGCGAACGUGACGGUGCCGGCAGUGGCGCAGUGGGCGUGGUCGGGCCUGCCGGACAAGCACUCGCUGCAAGCGUUCCUCAAGGUGUACAGCAGUGUGCCGAACGGUGUGCUGAUGAUCGGCGAGUUCAAGAAGCAACCCAUCACGGGUUCCAUCUUCUUCCGCAUGCUCUCCCCCAUGGACCUCCCGUUCCUGCUGCCCCCACCACCGGGCAAGCAGAAGGGGAGGGCCAAGGUGGUGCCUCGAGAAACAUGCCUCGCGUCUCCUGCCAUCCGGCCCCCUGAGGCGCUGAUAGCAGCAGCGCGGCACAUAGUGCAGCACCAUCUGCUCAACGGCCAGUUCUUGGCGGUGCAAUUCAGGAGGGGCGACUUCAAAGAUUACUGCCGGAAGAAGUGGACCAGGCAGCACAGUGCAUGCGUGCUGCAGCCGUCACAGCACGUGUCCCCCUCGUCUUCCUCGCCACCAACACACUCUCCAUCCAUCUACCAUCAAGCCCCUUGCUCUGCUGUCCUCUCUUCCUUUUCUCCUCCUCUAUCCCACCUGCAUGCCCUCCCUCCCACCCAGCACCCAUCGGACGGCUGUUUCCUGCCAGUGGACCAGGCAGCACAGUGCAUGCGUGCUGCUGCUGUCUCAGCACGGGUCCCCCUCGUCUUCCUCGCCACCAACGCCCGCCCACACGAGGUAGCAGCCAUUGCAGCAACGCUGCUUAAGACCCCUCAAGAACAGCCACUGGAGCCUGCCAACAGCAGCAGCAGCAACAGCAGCCCUGAUGGCAGCAGCUAUGCAGUGCAGCUUGUAACGCUAGCGCAUCUGCUCUCUAAAGAGGACAGCAGCGCAUGGGUUCAAUCGCUUAUGGAGAAUGGCAUCAAUAUCAAGACCACCCCACAAACCGUGGCCACGCUGGAGAAGCUGGUGUGUGCGCUGGGUGCUGGCUUUCUGGGAACAGCCCACUCCACGUUCACGAAUGACAUUGUGCGGCUGAGGCACGGGUUCCACACUGCCAGGUGCAGCGAUGACUAUAUCUGCAGUGCCGGGCCGAAAGAGGGGUAG